AUGAGCAACGGUGCAGAAUCCUCCUCCUCCUCCUCCCAGAAAAUUGGUCUAACCAGUGCGAAUGAUGCCGGCUCACAGUUACGUCGAGCAGCGACUCCAGGGCCAUCCGGUCAGAUGACGGUACCCUGUCGCUGUCGAAAAUUAGAUCAUUCAUCACGCUUUUUACUUAGGCCCACUAAAAUCAUCACCAGAGACAUCUGUUGUACCAGGAUCCAGACAGAAUUACGCUACUGCGUCGCAUACAAGCACCCCGGUGAGACCUUCACAAAGGGAGGCUACAACGACACCAAGACCGUUUCCAAUGUCGCCGCCUUCCCAGUCCGUUAUGUUGGACCUAGACGACUUUGAAGGGCCUCCUAAUAUCGACGACGAUGACGACGAGUUCCCCUCAGUAUCAGAACUAUCGCAAAUGGUGGAAGGCACGCGACCUCGUUUCACUAAGGCCGACACUCCACAACCAUCCAUCUCUGUCCCACUUGCCAGCACGCCUAGACGCUCUCAAUCACAGAAUUCAUCUACAGAAGUUCCACGUACUCCUUCGCACGGUAUCAUCUCUACUUCGUCUUCUCCUACUACUCCGCCCAAAAAUCUUAGCCAGAUCAACAAGCCGGGGACUCAGAAGCGCAAACAGGAUGACGGUGAUCGUAGUAUUACCGCGUCUCAGCAGCCUGCGAAGAGACAGAAAGUCAAAGCUGCUAGGCGCCUGGUUAUGCAUAAGCACCAGGUCCACUGGGAGCUGGACGGGAACGUCGUAGUCAGGAUAAAGAAGACGCUCUUCAGACUGCAUCGGAGCAUCGCGAGGUAUAGCGAGUGGUUCUCCAAGCGGAUUGAGGGGGGGGCGGACGAUUUUGAGGGUAAAGAUCCGAUAUAUGAUAUCGACGACAAGGUUACGGAGGAAGAUUUUGAGGCACUAUUAGACGCGAUGGAUGAUGCCAUCACUUACUUCUACAAUCCUCCUGAUUUUUUUACCGCGGCUUCCAUUUUUCGCGCCUCAAGUGCGCUCUCCUUCAAUCGCUUUCGAGACUGGGCGACGCGUUACCUCGAAGAAAUGUGGCCCUCGUCCUUGUCUAAAGUAACCACCACUCCGAUCAACCACGCUUCCGCCACUGUCAUCCUUGCACGUGAAUGCGGCCUCAAGAGCAUCCGAAAACGGGCGCUGUACGAGCUCGUGCGUCUCACAGGGUUCGGGCAGGACGAUUCGGACGACGAGACUGACCACCACCACCACCACCAUCAGCCCAGCAGCUCCAGAUCAUCGCGCACCGCGAUCUCUUCGUCCGAUUACAGGCUCCUGGUUCGCGCUCGGGAGAUGCUCACGUCCGCGUGGACGACCCGGAUCGCCACGGCUACUUUUGGCGUCGAGGGCAAGUGUGUCGGGAACGUGAGCGGGUGUACGGCUUCGGAGGUGGGUUUGGUGGCGGCGAAGCACCAGGAGAUGGUCGGCGCCUCGGGGCUGUUUGAAACGUUUUUGAGGGACCCGAUUUGUGGGACGCAGGCGCUGAUGGAGCUGGAUUGGGCCAAGGCGGGGGGGUAUUGUCAGGGAUGUGUGGAUCAGAGGAUUGUGGUGUGGAGGAAGGCGAGGGAGAGGAUGUGGGAGGAUUUGGAUAUCUGGUUGGGAUUGGAUAAAUGUUGAUGGGGAAUGGGAAAUGGGAGGAUACGCUACUCGUACAUAGUUUAUUAGAUUGUUCUGUCAUUACUAUGGUUAAUUGCUUUGGUUUAGAAAACUGACUAAGGAUAUAUACAAUUACCU